CAUACUGCUGACAGGCAUGGACCCAUUCUACUUCCACGUGGUCAAUGUGAUCCUACACUACCUGGUGACCCUUGUGCUCAUGUACACCUGUGAUACAGCCGUCUUCAGGAGCCGGGGGCUGGCCUUCGCCACGGCCUUGCUGUUUGCCGUGCACCCUGUCCACACGGAGGCGGUGGCUGGGAUUGUUGGCAGAGCUGAUGUGUUGGCAUGUCUCUUGUUUCUGCUGGCCUUUCUCUCCUACAACAGGAGUCUGGACCAGUGUGGUGCUGCAGGCGAGCUCCCUCCCUCGGCUUCAGCCUUCUUCCUGCUGCUCAGUUUGGUUCUGGGGACCUGUGCGAUGCUGGUGAAGGAGACGGGUGUCACCGUGUUCGGAGUGUGCUUGGUUUACGACUUCUUUUCCCUCCCCCACAAGCAGGACAAGUCAUCUUUGAUAGCAAGCAGCGAUAAGAAUUGCCUGCUUUCCAUGAGGCCAUUUUUUAAAAGGGCCAUUUUGGUUAUAAGUUAUGUCAUUGUCAUUUUGUACUUCCGUCUGUGGAUAAUGGGAGGAUCUAUGCCCCUCUUUUCAGAGCAGGAUAAUCCAGCUUCAUUUUCGCCUUAUAUUCUUACAAGAUUCCUUACUUAUUCCUACCUCUUGGCCUUCAAUGUGUGGCUUCUGCUGGCACCUGUUACCCUGUGCUACGACUGGCAAGUCGGCAGUAUUCCUCUGGUGGAGACGGUAUGGGACACGAGGAACUUAGCCACCGUCUGUCUGGUGGUCGUAAUGGCCUUACUGAGCCUGCACUGCCUGGCAGCCCUAAAGAGGCUGGAGCACAAGGAAGUCCUCGUGGGCUUGUUGUUCCUGGUGUUCCCGUUCAUUCCCGCCAGCAACCUCUUCUUCAGGGUGGGCUUUGUGGUGGCGGAGAGAGUCCUUUACAUGCCUAGCAUGGGCUACUGCAUCCUCUUUGUACACGGACUGAGCAGGCUCUACACGUGGCUGAACCGCUGUGGAGCCACCACCCUGACCGCAUCCACCGUGCUGCUGCUGCUGCUGUUCUCUUGGAAAACUGUGAGGCAGAAUGAAAUCUGGCUGUCCAGGGAGGCCCUGUUCAGGUCUGGAGUUGAGACUCUGCCUCACAAUGCCAAGGUUCACUACAACUACGCCAACUUCCUGAAGGACCAGGGCCGGAACAGGGAAGCGAUCUACCAUUACAGGACUGCGCUCAAGUUGUACCCACGCCAUGCCAGUGCGCUGAACAACCUGGGAACACUGAUGAGAGACACAGCAGAGGCAAAGCGCUACUACCAGCGGGCCCUGCAGCUCCACCCACAGCACAGCCGUGCGCUCUUCAACCUCGGGAACCUCCUGAAGUCCCAGGAGAAAAAAGAAGAAGCUGUUGCCCUGCUGAAGGAGUCCAUUAAAUAUGGUCCAGAAUUUGCAGAUGCAUAUUCAAGUUUAGCUUCAUUACUGGCGGAGCAGGAAAGAUUUAAGGAAGCUGAAGAAAUAUACCAGGCUGGUAUAAAGAACUGCCCAGACAGCUCGGAUUUGCACAACAACUAUGGAGUCUUCUUAGUUGACUCUGGGUCCCCCGAGAAGGCUGCAGCUCAUUACCAGCAGGCUGUCACCCUCAGCCCCCAUCACUACGUGGCCAUGGUGAACCUGGGCAGACUCUACAGGUCGCUGGGGGAGAAUGGCGUGGCUGAAGAAUGGUACAAACGAGCCCUGCAGGUGGCCCGUGAAGCGGAGACCCUGUCACCCUUGGGAGCGCUGUACUACAACACUGGCCGCUAUGAGGAGGCACUGCAGGUGUACCGCGAGGCUGUGGUACUCCAGCCCUUGCAGAAGGAGCUGCGCCUGGCUCUGGCACAGGUUUUGGCGGUGAUGGGCCAGACGGAAGAUGCAGAGAGGGUGACCAAGCACAUCGUGGCGGAGGAGGCCGGGUGUCUGGAGUGCUACCGCCUCCUUUCAGCCAUCUACAGCAAGCAGCAGGACCAUGACAAGGCGCUCCAUGCGAUAGACAAGGCGCUCCAGCUGAAACCAAAGGACCCCAAAAUUGCAUCUGAACUCUUCUUCACAAAAGGCAACCAACUAAGGGAGCAGAACCUUCUUGAUAAAGCUUUUGAGAAUUACAACGCAGCCGUGGCUCUCAACCCAGAGCAGGCACAGGCCUGGAUGAACAUGGGCGGGAUCCAGCACAUCAAGGGAAAUUAUGUGUCUGCGAGAGCUUAUUACGAGAGAGCCUUACAGCUGGUUCCAGAGAGCAAGCUGCUGAAGGAAAAUCUCGCCAAAUUGGAUCGCCUAGAAAAGCGGUUACAGGAAAUUCGAGAAAAGGAUCGGACAUAGUGCUGCCAGGCCCACUCUUGUAGGACAGUGCUGGUGGCUCCAGAGGAGCACAGAGUGAUGGAGGCCUGGCUGUGGCAUCCACAGGGCACAGCCUGUGAAGCUUUCUUCUCACAGCACCAAGUUCAGGGUGGGACAUCUGCCAGCCUCCCGGUGUUGAAGACUUCCAUUGCCAUGAAAAAGGAAAAACAGCAAGCCAGGCAGGAAGUUCUGAGAGGGACAGAAGACAGAAAACUGUACAUUUUAUAGAUUUUUGUUCAGUCUUAACUCCCCGUUUCCCUCAGCACAUUUCUAUGCUUUUGCAUCCUGGAGACCUAACUCCAUUUCUUCAUUAGACUUUGAUGUCCCAGAAGUACAGAAGUAUAGAAAUACUAUAAAGGAAAGUAUCUGUUCUUCAUGGGAUGAGGAAUUUCAAAGAGGAUACAUCCUCUGUGGGAGCUGUUUGGGGUUGUGUACCAAGUGGCGGUUCAGUAAUGGCUUUUGUAGAACCAUACUGACUAUCUGAGCCAAAGGGCUAUUGUCAAAUGAGCUUUAUCUGAGCUCUCCCUAAGGAUGCUACUAGAGACCUUUUGAGGAGUAAAUUAAACUCUGCUCUGGUGUAAGUUUUUCAUUACCCAAUACAUCAAAAAGGAACCUUCUGGAAUUGUAUAGGGGUAUCUUUAUCCCUGCCAGAAGAGCAAGAGCUUGAUGCUCCUAAUGUUUUAACUCAUAGGCUUUGUUACAAAUAUUACUGGAGUAGUGGCUCUACUCCAAGAUUUCAAAAGUGCAUUUAAAAUCAUAAACUUUCCCACCUUCAAAUAUAUUGUUAUUUUGGUGGAGAAAAAUAGUAUAUUCUACAUAGAAAAUAUUAAAGAUAUUAACUAAGAGAAAUAUCCUACUUUGUUAUCUUAAUGUUUAGAUAUCAUGAAUUUAUUAUUUUUUGAAAAUAUAUUUGAACUUUGAGAAAUCUACAUUAUAUAACAGACUCUUCAUAAACUCUAACUAGAGGGAAAGAAAGCUGUAUUUAUUUGUCUUCCUAGGCUUAGUGAGAAUUCUGUACUUAAAACACAGGUAAUCAAGACCUGGUAUGUGUCCUGCAUUUGUAAUUUUGGAGAUUUCAUAGAGAAUACUCUAAAAAUCUAAGGAAGUCUAAAUUCAAAAUUUUAAAAAUAUAUAUUUGUAUUUAAAGGAUAAGGAAAAGUUAACCUCACAAUUUGACAUUUAUUUUUAGGUUAUUUAUUUUAUAACUUAUAAAAUAUUUAAUAUAUACAUACUUCUUUUUUUCUCUGUACAUAGUGGUUUUAAUAACAGCUUCCAAAACUGAGCAUGUAAAAUACGAAUCUAAAUUACAAAACAGUUGAGCUUUAACAGCCCCUUAAAAAUGGUAUUAUUUGCCACUAAUAUUAACAGAAUUCGGGAUCAGCCUUCAGUGUUUAGGUGGUAGUAUAUCUCGGAAGGGGAGAAUUUGGAACGCCGGGUUCUAACUUGGUCGUGAUCAUUAACGACAAGCACCCAGGUGGCCACUGGCCGUGGUAGAGAUGGUGGCCAAAGGCUGCUCAGGCAGGGCGGGGUCAGCUUCCUCCCUCACACCCCAGGAUCAGGACUGCUGCCCUCUGUGUUACUCUUUUGUUAAAGGGCAGCCCAUGUUCAUGGAAGAAAACUUCUUUGGGAAAGAAUGGCAGGGGGAAUGUUUUAAAUACGAACAAUGGCAGAAUUAGAGUUAGCAUGUAUCUGUUUCUCUGUGUUAAUCCAAUAGCAUAUAUAUAUAUUACCAUGAUGACCUGUUUCUAAGUCUUUCAGUCAUGUCGACCACAAAUUUAUCCAGAAUCAUAUUUUUUCUUCCCUCUCAAAUUAUAAUUCUAAGGCCAAAAAAAAAAAAGCAUUAUAGUAUUUAUUGUCAAGUAACCUUCUACCCCUAAAUUUAAAAGUAGGAGACCCUUGGUACAAACAUUCAUUAUCUAGAACAUUUAUCACAGCUUUCCGCAAUAGUCUUUAACUAAAACUCAUGCUUCGGGAGUUAAUGGAAAAGACUGAGCCCUGAAUUCUGCAAUAAUUAUGCCUUGUAGUGCAACUAAAGUUACGAGUAUGUAUUUGAUGGACAAUUAAAGUAGCAAUGACGGCCUUAAUGUUUCUGAGAGAAGAAUCAUGUGGCUGGAGGGAGAUUUUCCCAGGCUGUCUGAGGUUUCUGCCCCACCUGAUCUGUCUCUGUCUCUGUCUCUCUUUAUUCUCUGUCCCCCCACCCCAUUCUUUUCUCAUCUGUUAGUACACACCAGCAUCUCCUUGACUGUUAAAAGUAGGCACUGCUUAAAAAUGGAAAAAGAAGUAACAUUGUUGGAUCAGAUAUUUUUAUCCUUCACUAAAAUGAAGCCAGUGAAAUAAUUCUCUCAGUUGAAAUGGUACCUAUAACACAAUAAAUCCCAGGCUAUUUUUCAAAAACAUGAAGUGUAUCUUGUACAUUUUUAUUUGGUCCUUGUAAUGUGAAAUAAUCGGCACAGUUCAUCCUUAUCAAAAUAGAAAGAGAGCGCUGGCUGGUCACAGAGGUACUCUGUCAUGCCCUUGGCAGACAUGUGUUUCUGUGGUGCAAGAGCUGGCCUGGCUGCGCAGAUGAGGCGUCUAUGUGGUCUCCAGUCCGUCCGUGUGCUCUCAGGUACAUCCCUUGCUUGGUUCAGUGCUCUGCCUAGAUUCUUCAUUAUGCCGAAACAGGGGCCCCACAGUUUGAUUUUGUGUUGGGUCAUGGAAUUCUGUAAAAAGAAGUUGUGGGUAGGAAGGGAGGUGGCUGAGAACAAGAUAGAAGUCCCUUGGUCUGGGUGAACAGUUGAUUUGACAGUCAGUGUCCUUCACUGUUAUAUGAGCAGUAGUCUUGCCUCUGCUGCAUGUAAAGUUCAUGUACAGAUUCCCUCUUCUCCUUCCAGUCUGUCUACACUGACCUUUAGUCCUGUCUACAACUAAUUCUCAUCUUCACAUUAAUCAUACAUGGCAGUAUAUACCUUUAAACAGGAAAAUGGCAUUCGCAGUGUAUUUUAACUUUUAAUUGUUCAUUCAAAAUGUGUUUUUUGUUUUGGUUUGUUUUUUCUUUUUUU